AUGGAGGCGGUCGAUUUAAAGGCGCAGACGAUUGAAAAGAUCAAAUCGACCGAGUUCCACGUGUUCGCUGUGGAUAAUUGGACCGACCUCGGUGUUAAUAAUGGUGCCGAACUUGUCGCGCCGUCGUAUUGGGGAUUCUUCAACUCGACGUUCCUUCCGAUUGUCAUGCUCUACGCGGUGUUGUGGUAUGCCGUGAAUACAGUAGUGACAACCCAUUGCUGGACGAGUUAUCAGGAGGGAAUCAAGCGGAAGCGUCUUAUCAACGUGACGACAUCACUAAUUCAUUCAUUCAUCUCAGGUGUUUAUAUUUUGGCGUUCUUCUGCCUCAACACUCGAUUGGCUUUUGCUUCGCCACUUCAUUACUAUACGAAUCUCGACUCGCAAAUCAUCAUUUUAUCGAUUGGAUAUUUCUUUUAUGACGGAUUCGAUUUGAUUGUCAAUGACAAAUUGUCGAUUUCGACGGGAGUGUUGCUCUUCCAUCACACCGCCUCGAUUUUUGUGCUCUCGACGGCGGUGCUCUCGCAGAAAUUCUUGCUGUAUGCCUAUUGGGCGAUGCUCAUGGAGAUGUCAUCGAUUUUCCUUCAUGCUCGAUCCAUUCUUCACAUCUCGAAACUUUCGACGACGUCAAUGAUUGGAUUCUCCAAGGUGAUCUCAUACGCGAAUCUCAUCGCCUUCAUUGUCUUUCGAUUUUUCGUCCAAACAUUUUUGGUCGGCUGGGCGUGGACGAAUCUCGAUCAUAUGCAUCGAGCGUUCGCGUUCAUCGCCUUCGGCGGCGGCUUGUGCUUCUUCAUCAUCAAUGUGAGUCUGUUCCUGAGAAUUCUGCACUCGGACGGCUUCCUGCUGUCGUCGGUGGUGUCGCAGGAUCGCCUCGACGCCCUACUCGAGGACAAUGAGUACUCGGACUCAUUCGAAAGUGUCGCUCAAUCGGAGAAGAAGGAGCUUCUUGAUGUUUAG